AUGGAGAGCAAGGGAAAGGGAAAGAGAGAGAGAGAAACGGCUGAGGAGAAAGAUGAACUCAAGGAGAUACAGAAGCUUCAAGGUCACGCAGGCAUGGUAUUUUGCAUCGCCUGGAACCCAGCCUCCGGCACCAACGGCGAACCGGCACUUCUCGCUUCCUGCGGCGUCGACAAGACCCUACGUCUCUGGACGCAAAAUCCUCAAACGUCUGCUUUCGAAUGCUCGAGAACGUUUGAAGGAGCUCAUGCUGGAACUGGUAGAUUUUUUUCCUGGUCACCAGAAGGGAGAUUUUUGGCAAUUCCAAGCUAUGAUGGCACCACUUACAUAUGGGACAAGAAUGAGGAUGAAGUUCAUGAUAUGGAAGAUCUAGACCUAGAGGAGGAUGACAAGGAGGAAGUAUUAAGUGUGUCCUGGGAUCAUUCGGGCUGCUAUCUGGCCACUUGCAGCAGAGCUGCUGUUCGGAUCUGGGAAACUCUUUUGCUUCCACACUGUGAAUCUGACAAGGCACACUCGUCUAAAGGCUUCUCUAUAUCUUUUAAUGCCACUGGAGACAAAAUGGUUACGUCUCGUGAAGAUCUGUCCAUAAAGGUAUGGGGUCCAGAGGGGAAGCUGUCUGGUGACUCUGGUCGUGAGUAUGUAUCUUGCGAAGGAAUAAUUGCUAGUGGGGCUGCUGAUGGCGCAAUUCGUUUAUUUGUAGAAAAUCAGGAUGGUUUGCUGGAAAUUCCUUUUGUAGCUGGAAUUUUGUAG